AUGCACGUCCGUGAUAUCUUCUUGACCGGUGCCCUGCUCCUGUCUAGCUCCAGUGCCCAGAAUUCUUCAGUUUCCCUUAUAGUGAAUGCCACUGCUACGACUGGCGUCCAGCUUCCGAACAACGCAUCGAAAGCUCUCAAACCUCUUUAUCAGCCAUAUUCUCCCGAGACACCAAAAUUCAACAAUGAAAGCCUGAUACAAGCGCUUUCAUCACCUGGCACGGCAUCAAAUUUCUUCCUUCUGCAGGAAUCAACGAAUGAAGUGCCAGUCGGCGAAUUGCCAGUCGGUACAUGUGCCCCAGGUAUCCGGUGUACCAACGGUGCCUACUGUAGUAACACAGGUGUCUGCGGCUUUGCUCCUACCAGCUGUGGCAAAGAUGUAUGCAUUUCGGACUGUAAAGCCAAAGCACCAUGCGGCCAAUACGCCCACCCAGAGAAUGCAACGUGCCCACUGAAUGUGUGCUGUUCCCAGCACGGCUUCUGCGGGAGUACUGAUGAGUACUGCGGUGCUGGUUGUCAAGUGGGAUAUGGUGGAUGCGGCGGUGCUCCUACCCCGUCGUGCUCGGGCAAUUCUGCCAUUACGCGCCGAAUCGGCUACUAUGAGAGUUGGGCAAACACACGGAAAUGCGAUGUCCGUUCACCAGAGGAUAUCGAUUUGACAGGCAUCACACAUCUGAACUUUGCAUUCGCCUUCUUUGACCCCAAGAGCUUUGAGAUUUCCCCUAUGGACUCCAAUUCCGCUUCGCUAUAUAAGAGAUUCACUGCGCUCAAGUCCAAAAAGGCGUCGCUACAAACGUGGCUCUCGGUUGGAGGUUGGUCCUUCAACGAUGACACCAACUCGCCCAAUACAAGAACGGCCUUCAGCGACAUGGUGAGCUCUGCUGCAAACAGGCAAAAGUUCAUAAGCGCAUUGCAGAGCUUUAUGCAAAGUUAUGGCUUCGAUGGAAUUGAUAUUGAUUGGGAAUAUCCCGCUGCUUAUGAUCGUGGAGGCAAGCAGUCAGACUUUGGAAAUUAUCUUGAGCUUGUCGCCGAGAUGAAACAAUCGUUUGGGGGAUCUUAUGGAAUAAGUGCUACUGUGCCAUCAUCAUACUGGUACUUGCAACAUUUUGACGUCAAAACUAUGCAGGAGUACGUUGACUGGUUCAACUUUAUGAGCUAUGAUAUUCAUGGCACUUGGGAUUCUUCCAACAAGUUCACAGGUCCAUAUAUACGACCGCACACCAAUCUGACCGAGAUUCAAGACGGUCUUUCUUUGCUCUGGAGAGCAGGUAUCAAACCGGAGAAAGUGGUUCUUGGCCUUGGGUGGUAUGGACGUUCAUUUACCUUGGCCGAUCCAGGCUGUACCACACCCAACAAAGUGUGCCAGUUCACGGCGGGUGCCAAUCCGGGUGACUGCACAAACUCAGCAGGGACACUCUCCAAUGCCGAGAUCAAGAGGAUACUAAAACGCGGAGCCGCUACAGAACAAUAUGACAAGACUGCCGCGGUAAAGUGGAUGACAUGGAACACUGACCAGUGGGUGUCAUAUGAUGACGGCGUAACAAUGCAACAGAAGAUAAACGCCGCCAACGAGCUUUGCCUUGGUGGUACCAUGAUUUGGUCUCUUGAUCAAGAUAAUUCCGACGGCGAUAGCAUGAGCGAUCUGUUGGGCGUGGGUCAAGCCAAUGGCGUCUCGGCAGAAGAGGCCAAGGCCUACAAGGCGCAGAUGGCGAAUGCGGCACUACAAAACGAUAUUGCAGCAUCCUGCUACUGGUCGCUAUGUGGGAAGCCGUGCGAAAAUGGCUACUUUGACACCACCGAAGCAAAGGGCCAAGUUGCCAGUGUUCAACAGAAUUCAAUCUGCUCUAACGGAGAAGUGCAAACUCUAUGCUGUGCCCCUGGAACAACCAUGGGCACAUGUUCAUGGCAAGGGUUCAGAGGGGUCGGCCUGCCUUGCACUCCAGUCUGCAAUAAUACGUCUGAUAUCGUAGUCGCACAAAACAGCAACUCCUACCAGGAAAAUGAAGCUGGCCAGGUUGCCGAUUUGACCUGCAACGGUGGUUAUCAGGCAUACUGUUGUAAUGGAUUCAUCCCUUCGUCCAAGACAAACACUGGCAACAUCUUCCUUUAUGGGCAAGGUGUUUUCACCAAACGAAAUCUGGUGGGCGACCUGGAUAAACGCGGCAAGCCUGCUAGUGUAGCUGCGGGAGUAUUGACGGCCGGGUUAUGUUCUGCAGCAGUAGCGGCUUUGAUUGCGGAAGCUCCGUUCACUUUUGGUAUCUCGCUGCUGGGCAUCCCAGCCGAAAUCGCCUUGUGCGCCGCUGCGGGUAUUGUUGUGACUGCUGCUGGCUUCGCAAGUAGACCUGCAGCUCCUGCUCAGCCUCCGCCGCAUCACCCACCACCGGUUGCUCAACCCCACACCGGAGUGCCGACCACAAUCACAGUAGGCAAGACUGCUCGAGCUUCUUAUGGGCAGUGGCCCAUUCUGGACUUUGGCUCCGUGUCACAGAGCUCAUAUUGUGAUUGUUUCGUCACCUAUACCUGCCGCUAUGGUUUGGGUUGGGAUGAAAUCUGCGAUAAUCAGCGUUGGGCUAUAGACAAGAUGCUUAAUGGUCAAACAGUUUUUGAAGUCAGACCAAAGGGUCGCGCCCCCAACCGCAACCAGGAGUUAUGGGCAAAUCAGAGGAAGGACAAGUACCGAACGUUGGUUCAAGGUUCACGUAGAGUCGCCAGUGCACGCUGCGAGGUGGACGAGUUUCCAAUGGGCAAUCUGGUCGACAGUGGAAACAAUAAUCCCCAGGCCUGCCGGUUGGUAAACAAGCCAGCCAACGGUGCUCAAGGUAGAGAUUUCGGAUUUUGGAAAACAGCGCAGUGGACACGGUGCUCAUCCUUCCGUAAGACCAUUUGCGGAAGCUUGGACGCACCACCUGCCACCUGGAAAUUUGGCCCUUUGGCCGGAAACCGUGGAGUGGGCGCCGGAAAACACUUUAUCUCGGCGUACGGGUUUGACUCGCAGACGCCGGACUCGCUCUGUUUCGCGUCCUACACCUACACCGACGCCAAGGGUGCAAAGCAAAACACAAUGGUACCUGACCACGGAUUCAGAGCACUAGACGACGAUCCCAUGUUUGGCAACCCCUACAAAUGGCCCAGGCAAAACUGGAAGAUCGACCCAGCACCCGCGGCAAACGCCGCCAACAGACCGGUAUCUAUCAACAGUGCGGCGUUCCAAAAACGUGACGGUGCGCAAGAACUACUCUCCAAUAUUACACACAAUGUUACCAGCAACCAAGACCAUAAUUCCAUUUGCCAUGUAGCUGUCGGUGAAGGUGGUCAACUGGAUGAGGUCGAGAUCAUUCUCGAUGAUCACAUUUUCGAGGACAUGGAUGGCAACUUGGUGAACGGCAGAGCGUGUAGCAUCAUCUACGACGACUCGAGAGAGGUGCAACUGCUCAUUAAUGGAGAUGGGAAUGUAGAGUAUGCAACUCAAGAUGAAGAUUGGCUACCCAAAGAGGUUCCAAUCACAAAGGAAGAAGAGCUGUCUGCGACGUACAGCACAGAGCUGGCCAAGCCAAGCGAGAGUCUCUCUAUUGUACCUAUCAGGACUGAAACAUCGGGAGGGUCAAGCGGGAGCAUUAUUACGAUGCCCCCUGCGAUCCCUUCAUCCUAG